AUACUGUACGGGGAACAAAUGCUUCCAGCUGGAAAACUCUAAAUACACCUGCAAAUAGGAUCAUUUGAUUGACAGGAAUAGCUUUGCAACCAAGGGCAAGCUGCCAUUGGUCUAAUGUGGCAACUCCCACUUUCAUGUCAACCUUCCAUCAAUGGCAGCUACCAAUAACAAGCCAGGUGAUUAAACCUCUAUCUCUUUGCUGUCUGUGCCAUAGUUUGAGUAUUGCUGCUACACCUCGUUUUCAGCUGAUCGGAAUUUCAAAGCAGCACUGAAUGGCCUGAAAGGUGACGCCAAACACCAAAACCAAACAAGUCAAAAGUCAAAUCGUAGUAGUUUACUGAAAGACUGUCGCAAUAACAUAUUACCAAGAGCCUGUUUGUUUUGCUUGGGAGUGUCAAUUGGAAAGGCACAGGAGCAGGGGUUACAAGCAUUGGAGUGGUGGCAUGGCAUCCAGGCUUCCCUCCUCUCAACACUCUGUGGGGGCAACACCACAAGCCCUCAAGCACUAUGAGAACCAGGACUACCCUUCCCAGUUCUUUCACGCUGUGACCAAGCUGAAAGAAGACAGCCUUCUGGCCGACCUGCUCAUCGGACUGAACGGGGGGAGUUGGAGGGUUCACUCAGUGGUUCUGGCUGCUGUCAGCUCUCUGGUUAUGGGGGAGCUACGCCAAGGCAGGAAACAGGAUCUCUGUUUGGACGGUAGGGUUGGAGAGGCAGGGCUGGAGACCGUUUUGAAGUUUGCUUACUCCGGGGAAGUUGAGCUGAGCAGGGAGAAUCUAUCUGAAGUCAAGCAGGCUGCUGGGGUCCUGGGAGCGGAAAAGGUUUUAAAGUUAUGCCAAGACUUCGAGCAGUCGUCAGGUAACAAGACUGAGGAAUGGAGAAGUUUACCAGAGAAAAUCAGACGGGCGAACCUGCAGUGUAUCAGAGCAAUGUGGGAAGAGCAGCUCAUCUGUGAUGUGAAGCUGGAGGUGGAUGGCGUGUAUUUUUAUGUGCACAGAGCCAUUCUGGCAGCCGGCAGUGACUUCUUCCGAGGAAUGUUUACAAGCGGAAUGAAGGAAGCCAGUGAGGACACCAUCCCAAUGUUCUCCCUCUCUCCUGAGGAGCUGUCUGCCCUGCUCUCCUUCAUCUACUCCGGGACCCUGCAGCUCGGCUGGGACAAUGCCUUUGAGCUCACCCUGGCCUCCAUGCAGAUCCAAUCCCAUGGGGCCAUCUCCCUUUGCAUGGAUUUCCUCCACGGUGAAACCGACCCCCAGUCCUGCCUGGACGUAGCAGCUUUCGCUGAAGCCUACAGCCUAGGGGAGCUGAAGGAAUUUGCCGACGAUUACGUCUUACGAAACUUCCAAGAAGUCGGUUCCACUCCCAAGUUUCAAGACCUCUCCCUUGACCAGUUGUCCCGCUACCUGGCCGAGGACUCCCUCUGCGCCUCCAACGAGCUGGAGGUCUUCCGGGUGGUGGUGGGAUGGAUUCGCGCAGACCAAUUAGAGCGGUUGGCCCACGCGGAAGAACUCAUGAAACUGGUUCGGUUCCCACUCAUGACUUUCAGGCAGUUUAAAGAGGUGCGGGAGGUGAAUAUCUCUCUCAAGCAGGAAGGGUGCAAUGACCUGUACGCAGCGGCACUCCAGGAGUUUGGUUGGACCUCUGGCAGUAUGGAGCAGCACUGUCGCGUACGGAAGCCAAGCCUGGCUCUGGUCCUGGUGGCAGGGGAUCAGAAAGCCCCAGAUUUUGCCUCGAGGAAGCCCAGCAGGGACCUCUGGUUUAGCAACAGUUUCAGCAGAAGCACGGGGCUGAGGACACACAUUGAGUGGUGUCACCUGUCCACCAUGCCAGGGCCCGGCCGCUUCAGGCACGCUACUGUGGUUUUAGAUAACAACCUGUAUGUGUUUGGUGGGAGCGACUUUUACGGAAAGUGUGAUACUCUGAAAACUGCUUUUCGUUACGAUCCCAGUCAGGAUAGCUGGAAACAGCUUCCAGACAUGAAGGAACCUCGCAAUUACUGCUCUGCUGUGAUUCAAAACCAGCACAUCUACAUACUGGGAGGAGAUAUCGACACAGAACACAACCUGGGCAGUGUGGAGUGUUACAACCCCACCACAAACUCCUGGCGGUAUGCCCAGCCCUUGGAUCAAGCCCUCAGUGGUCACGGGGCUGUGUCGUGGAACGGAGAAAUCUAUGUCUCGGGCGGAUUCAACUGCAAUUACCAUUGCCUGGUGUCCAUGUUUCACUACCACCCAGAAAAGGGCACUAUCUACCUGGCCGAUAUGAACCACGACAGAGCAGAGCACGUGAUGGAGGCCAUCCGAGACAAGAUGUACGUGGCAGGGGGAGUGCGCAACCAGGCCCGGUUCUACAGCGAUCAGUUUGUGUGCGAGGUGUAUGACCCCAGCAGGGAUUCCUGGACUCUGCUCGCGAGGCUUCCCAAACCCCACGUCAACGCGGCCUCCGGGGUGCUGGAGGAGAAGCUCUACGUACUGGGAGGGUUCAGCCAGGAGGAUUACACCGAGACCGGCUUGGCUCAUCGCUACGACCCGCGCUGGGAUAACUGGGAGACAGUGGGGAGAAUGCCUGGUCCCACCACCGACAUCAGAGCCUGCGUGCUCGCAUUGCCUCCUCAUUUGCGCCACUGAUCCCAAAGACAAAGGCCAAUGUUCCUUUGUGAAGAGCGAUUUGUUUUAGUGGUUGCUUAUCAAAGUUGAGUUGUAAUCAGUAGGCAAAUGUUUUUUAUCACCAAUACCUGACACACAAUAUGAGGUACUAAAGUAUGAACAAUAAAUCACUUGGGUAGUUCGGGAGAGCUACAAAAUUAAAUUUAAAAAAAUAGGCACGCCACUUGAUUUUGAGAUUUCAGUCUGUUGCAGUAGGACAUGCUGUUUGGUUUUCUUUAACUACAGGUGGUAUAACUAUGGAGUUUAUAACAUGCAUUCUCUGAGAGCUUCCACAAUGCGAGGGCUGGCUGGACUUUGCAUUACAGUGCUUGGCAGCAGUGUUUGCCACAAAUACAAAUGUGUGGCAGUUUAUAAAUACCCCUGUGGAAGAUUUAAACUCACAUAUCUGCUUGUUAUGCACAUGAAACAAAGCCACAGUAACUGAAAACCAAGAGGCAAAUUAGUCAUUGUCUGAUUUAAUUGAUGACUUUAAUAGACCACACAUGCAAUUAAUCUAAAAUAAUAAGAGAAAAGGAACACAUAUCCACACAUGGUAACGUGCAGGAGACUUUUUAGAAGUUGUUGUAGAUGCCUAAUUAAAACACAAAGUGAUCAAACAUUUUCACACAUAGUCUUGACCUUUCUGCUCCCUCCUAUCUCCAGACUUUUCUCCCUACACCCCAUCUCGCCCCCUCAGCUCCUCCACCACUGGCAGAUUAGCUGUACCCUCCCUCUGCUCUCCCGCUUCCAGAGCGAAAGUUUUAACUGCUCUUAGUCAAACUCGCUCUUGCUUAUAAUUUACUGAAUUCUUUAUUUUGCUCUUACCUGAAUUUGAUUUUAUUGUACCUUCAUAAUUGCUCAUAUGUAUUAUGAUAUUCUGUAAUAUUAUAUUUUAUAAUGUUAUAACUUGUUAUGUGAUAUGUGAGUCAGCCACUGACUCAUUGUGUGACCCUGAGCAAGUCAUUUAACCUCCUUGUGCUCCGUCUUUCGGGUGAGACGUAUUUGUAAGUGGCUCUGCAGCUGAUGCAUAGUUCACACGCCCUAGUCUCUGUAAGUCGCCUUGGAUAAAGGCGUCUGCUAAAUAAACAAAUAAUAAUAAUAUUUUAUAAUGACUCGUGCUUUCCUGUCCCGUGAUUUUGCCCUAAAUAAAUACUGUAUAUAA